AUGGACAUGGAGGGUGCAUCUGGGACGUUCCAAGAUGGUACUUGGUAUUGCAAGUCAGAAUAUCAGGUUAGUCAACCAACCUCGAUAUCGCAUCUCGUGGGGCUGCAAGAGUUUCACUUAUUGAAAAGCUCAAGGACGUGCAACUAUUUUCGGGAUGAGCAGGCAGAAAAUGCGACCAAAGUCAAGGCCGGCGAAGGCCUUCAAAGCACUUCGACUCGCAGCGAAACGCGGCUUCCGUGCGCUCUCCUCUCACGGAUGGAUACCUCAGGCUCGGGUGGCAAGACUCGGACUUGGCAUGGCCUUGCGCGCUUGCGCAGUCAGACGGCAAUUCUGAAGGUUCGAGGAACUGCAAUUUUGGUCUGGAGGGCGCUCGUGAAAGCUGGUAUUUUGUAUGAGAGAGCGAAAUCACAGGACCCGCGCGAUGCGACACUGGAGCGUUUUUUGGCCCUGAUAUUCCAGACCGCGCCUGCCAGGAGUGGAUGCAGGCAAGGGUCUCGGACCGUGGCUUCUUUAGAAUGCCGUCGGGCGUCACUGCAGUACUGGCCUGGCCUCACCGCCACCCUGGUGGCAGAGAUACAAAAAGAGAGCUGGGCGAGGCAGAAGGGACACGACAUCGACGGGCACUCCGGCCUUAUCAGCCUUAUCAGCAAAGGAAAUCUGAAUCUGCGCAUCCCUUCAUGGCCUAGGUUUCAAUCUGUCCUCGCAUAG